AUGAAGAGGGGGAAAGUGUUGUUAAAGAAGGCACUCGCCUGCAGGUGCGACUGCCACCUGACUCGAUACGGUUACGUAAUUGUGUCUCACGACGAGAAUCUCCUACGGCAGACCAGACUGAUCUCUUCAUUAAAUCUAGAGGUAUUUCACCUUUAUAGAGAAAGGAUGGAAGUCACAUUUCAAACAGGUAUGGGCCAUUAUUGCACUGGGGAGGACCAACAAUUUGUCCUGUUAGAAGAUGUAUUUAAGUGAUUUCCUAAAAUGUCUGCCAACAUUGAGAUUAAAGAAGACAAUGACAUGCUGUUGAUCAGGAUUUCAUCACUAGUCAAACAAUAUCAAAGAGAAGAUAUUACUGUAUGGGCCACUGAAAAACAGAAAUCAUGCUGUUCUGUGAUGCCCUAUCUGUUCACAGUAAGCAGAGAUCUCUAGCUGCAUAUGCUUUACUACACUGACCUGUUGCCUUUUGUGCCCCUGGGAAUGAGUUUCCUGCAGUUCUACCUUCCCCAGAUCAUAAACCGGUGA